CAUCCAUCCCAUUCCCUCUAUCCCCUUCUUCCCCCUCUCUCACCUCCAUCCAUCCCAUUCCCUCUAUCCCCUUCCCCCCCCUCUCUCACCUCCGUCCAUCCCAUUCCCUCUAUCCAUUAUGCACUCGUCCACCUCCAUUACGUCCCUCUUCUCCUUCACCGGUCCAGCGGUGAAGAGGCUGCUGGGAUGGAAACAGGGCGAUGAAGAGGAGAAGUGGGCGGAGAAGGCUGUGGACUCCCUGGUGAAGAAAGUAAAGAAGAAGAAAGGAGCGAUGGAGGAGCUGGAGAGAGCUCUCAGUUGCCCCGGAAAACCCAGUAAGUGUGUGACGAUCCCUCGGUCUCUGGACGGUCGUCUCCAGGUAUCCCAUCGUAAAGGUCUCCCCCACGUCAUCUACUGCAGAGUGUGGAGGUGGCCUGACCUACAGUCUCAUCAUGAACUCAAGGCCUUGGAGUGCUGCCAAUUCGCCUUCGGAUCCAAACAGAAAGACAUCUGUAUCAACCCCUACCACUACAGACGGGUAGAGACACCAGUGCUUCCCCCAGUGUUGGUCCCCCGCCACAGUGAGUUUAACCCCCAACACAGUCUACUGGCUAAGUUCCGGAACGCCUCUCUCCACCACGAGCCACUGCUGCCACAGAACGCCACCUACCCGGACUCCUUCCUUCCUGUCCUAUGCCCCUCCUCCUCCCUCAACCAGCCCCCAACCCCCCGCAGCUACCCUAACUCCCCCAGAAGAACAGCAGAGAAAGCCAGCCCGUACCACAUCACAGCAGAGACCCCCUCCCCCUAUAACAUGAUGGAGACAGCCCCAACAGAGGACGUCAAACCUGGAGACCCCUCUAACACACACAAGCUCACCUUCUCAGCUCCACACAGAGACCUGCGGCCUGUGUGUUAUGAGGAGCCAGAGUACUGGUGUUCAGUGGCGUACUACGAGCUGAAUAACCGUGUCAGAGAGACGUUCCACGCCUCGUCCCGUAGCGUCCUGGUAGACGGCUUCACCGACCCCUCCAACAACAACAACCGCUUCUGUCUCGGCCUGCUGUCUAACGUCAACCGCAACUCAACCAUCGAACACACACGCAGGCACAUAGGAAAAGGUGUUCAUCUCUAAUAUGUAGGGGUUGUGUAUUCCGUGUGUCUGAGCGAUACUAGUAUCUUCGUCCAGAGUCCUAACUCUCCUCUCUCUCCCCCUCCCUCCCCCCCAGGUAUCCAUCUCACUACGAGUCGUAACUGUAACUAUCAGCAUGGUUUCCAUGCCACCACCGUGUGUAAGAUCCCCAGCGGCUGUAGUCUGAAGAUCUUCAACAACCAGCUGUUCGCCGAGCUCCUCUCUCAGUCCGUCAACCACGGCUUCGAGGUGGUCUACGAACUCACCAAGAUGUGUACUAUACGCAUGAGCUUCGUCAAGGGCUGGGGUGCAGAGUACCACCGCCAGGACGUCACCAGCACCCCCUGCUGGAUAGAGGUGCACCUGCACGGCCCUCUGCAAUGGCUGGACAAGGUCCUCACACAGAUGGGCUCUCCCCACAACCCCAUCUCCUCUGUGUCCUAACACACACACACACCCCAUCUCCUCACACACAGCCCCAUCUCCUCACACACAACCCCGUCUCCUCACACACAGCCCCAUCUCCUCACACACAACCCCGUCUCCUCACACACAACCCCAUCUCCUCACACACAACCCCAUCUCCUCACACACAACCCCUUCUCCUCACACACAGCCCCAUCUCCUCACACACAACCCCGUCUCCUCACACACAGCCCCAUCUCCUCACACACAACCCCAUCUCCUCACACACAGCCCCAUCUCCUCACACACAACCCCAUC